GCCCCCUUUCGCCAGCCACGUUAAAUACUAAAACCUGGAGCUUUCCCCACAUCAAAAUCGGCAAACGCCUUCAACCCUGAGACGCUCGAAGGUCACGCAGCGAUGAAAGGAGCCAAGGCAGGCCAUCCCAACGGCAACAACCGCAUCAUGGACGUGCCUCCGCCCUCGGAGGAGAAGAUGGAGGAGCGGGGUCAGUGGAGCAACAAGCUAGAGUUCGUGCUGUCGGUGGCCGGCUCCAUCAUCGGCCUGGGCAACAUGUGGCGCUUCCCCUACCUCUGCUACAAGAACGGCGGCGGUGCAUUUCUGAUCCCGUACAUGAUUUUCCUGUUCACCUGCGGCGUUCCCGUCUUCUUCCUGGAGGUCGCCCUGGGUCAGUACACCAGUCAGGGAGGAAUCACCUGCUGGAGAAAAAUCAGUCCCCUCUUCGAAGGUCUGGGCUACGGUACUCAGGUGAUUGUGACUCUGCUGAACUUCUACUACAUCAUCGUUCUGGCCUGGGGGAUCUUCUACCUCUAUUUCUCCUUCUCCUGGGACCUGCCUUGGUCGUCCUGCAACAACACAUGGAACACGGGUAACGAAUGUGGACGAGCGACGAUCCCCCUCAAAUGUUCUGUCGCGCCAUCUGGAGGCCUCAUUUCUACCUCUAUUCCCCCCCCCGACGAAAACUGUGUGGAGUUCCAGAGGAGAAACACCUCAGCCGCACAGACGGUCAACCUGAACAUCACCUCUCCUGUCAUAGAGUUCUGGGAGAGAAGAGCGCUGCGGAUCUCCCCCGGCAUAGACCACAUGGGCUCUCUGAACUGGGACUUGGCCCUGUGUCUGCUCAUCGCCUGGGUCAUGUGCUACUUCUGCAUCUGGAAGGGGGUGAAAUCCACCGGAAAGGUGGUCUACUUCACCGCCACCUUUCCUUAUCUGAUGCUGAUUGUGCUGUUGAUCCGAGGACUCACGCUGCCCGGCGCCGGGAUCGGCAUUCAGUUCUACCUGUACCCCGAUUUGGGGCGACUGGCUGAUCCGCAGGUGUGGAUGGACGCUGGGACCCAGAUCUUCUUCUCCUACGCCAUCUGCCUUGGCUCGCUGACCGCUCUGGGGAGCUACAACAAAUAUAACAACAACUGCUACAGAGAUUGCCUGGCUCUCUGCUUUCUGAACAGCAGCACCAGCUUCGUGGCAGGCUUUGCCAUCUUCUCCAUCCUGGGUUUCAUGUCCUACGAACAAAACGUCCCCAUCUCCGAAGUGGCAGAGUCUGGGCCUGGCCUGGCCUUUAUCGCUUACCCCCGUGCCGUGUCCAUGAUGCCCUUCUCUCCCUUGUGGGCCGCUCUCUUCUUCGUCAUGAUCGUUUUCCUGGGCCUGGACAGCCAGUUUGUGUGCGUCGAAAGCCUCGUCACAGCCGUCGUAGACAUGUACCCCACUGUGUUCCGGCGCAAGAACCGCAGGGAGCUCUUCCUCUUAGGGGUGGUGCUCUUCUCCUUCCUCAUGGGCCUCAUCAUGCUCAUGGAGGGAGGGAUGUAUGUGUUCCAGCUCUUUGAUUACUAUGCAGCCAGUGGCAUGUGUCUUCUCCUCAUGUCCAUCUUUGAGACCGUCUGUAUCGCCUGGGUCUAUGGUGCGGAUCGUUUCUACGACAACAUCGAGGACAUGAUUGGCUACCGCCCGGGACCUUACAUCAAGUACUGCUGGUUGUUCUUCACCCCAGCCACGUGCAUUGGGACAUUUGCCUUCUCCCUCAUAAAAUACACCCCUCUUAAGUACAACAACGUGUACGUAUAUCCGUGGUGGGGCUACGUCAUAGGCUGGCUGCUCGCCCUUUCCUCCAUGGUCUGCAUUCCUUUCUGGAUGGCGUACAAGAUCGGCACCGCACACGGUACCCUCAAAGAGCGCAUCCAGGCGCUCGUCACCCCAUCCGACGAUUUGCCUAAAACCAAAAGAGAGCAGGAGAGGUUACUGGCCAUCUUUGUUCCCGAGGACAACCCAACCAGAGCGUCGAACGGCUACUUUCCUGUCUCAGAGAGAGACUCCAGCUUAUGAAGCCCCACCACUGCUUCAUAAACACCACGUCUUAAGAAAUAACUAUAAGCAACAAAGUCUUCAUCGUUUCUCCUCACAAAUGCAGGAGCAACAAUAAAGAAGCGGGAAAUAAAAAGAAAUGUCAUAUCUUUACCCGCUCUAAUACCUAAAAGCGAUCUUAUGGACUCAGGAGAUACGAAGCCAGUUUAGUGCUGGGCUUGGUGUAUUUGUACACUAAGGAACAAGGGGGGGAUUUAAACAAUUUCUAAAAGUAAUGUGCCAUUUUUAAACUAUUUAAAAUUUAAGUACACAUAAUAUUGACCACAUAUUUGAUAGAUAAAGAAAAUAUAAUGUUAUUUUAUAUUAGGUGAUUGCUACGUCUUUGUUGUUCUAAUAUGACAAAUGAUUGGAAGUCUUUCUGUGGCAUUUACACUAUUUAGAGUUGUUGUUAUCCUUUGUUGUAGAAAUAGGAAUAAACACAAAUAUAAAAUAGCUGUAAACAUUAUUAUGUAGACGUGUCACACAAGGCUAACAUGGGACAUAAAUUGUUUUGUUUUUAUAACACAACAUAUGUUGACUGUAAAAAAAAAAGUGAAUUCUGUGUCAUUUUGAAUAAACUGUUUCUUGUCUUU